AUGCCUACCAAUACUUCAGCAAAACUCAACGGCAAGGUUGCUAUCGUUACUGGCUCAUCAAGGGGCCUGGGAGCUACCAUUGCUACCCAUCUGGCUUCGCAAGGUGCUCAAGUGGUAGUGAACUUUGUUAACUCCGCAGAAAAAGCAAAUUUGGUUGUAUCUGCCAUCAAGGAUAACUGCGGUGAAGCGAUUGCUGUGAAAGCCAAUAUUGGUACGGAGGAUGGACCUCAAAAGCUGGUGGAUGAAACUGUGAAAGCUUUUGGACAUAUUGAUAUUAUCGUCAAUAAUAGCGCGAUUCUGAAAGUGGAAGAAUUGGGUGAAAUCAUGACAGCGAAUUUCGACGAUAGUUACGCUAUUAAUGUUCGUGGCCCUCUGCUCUUGGUGCAAGCAAGUCUUCCUUAUCUUAGAGACAAUGGUAGAAUCAUCAACAUAUCCUCUACAUCUGCACGUGCUGGAUAUCCUGGACUCUCUGUGUACGGCGGAACCAAAGGUGCCAUUGAAGCAAUGUCCAGGGUCUGGGCAUCGGAGCUCGGCCCAAAGCGCAACAUAACAAGCAACUGUGUGGGCGCUGGCCCUAUUAUGACGGAUAUGAUCAACGAUGAUGUGGAAUGGGCAAAGGGUAUGACUGUCAAUGCACCUCUUCCAAGAAUCGCAUCACCUGCGGAUAUUGCUGAUAUCGUUGGAUUUCUUGCCAGUGAACAAAGUCAUUGGGUUACUGGAGAUGUCAUUAAUGCUAAUGGUGGCAUCAUCUUUUAUUGA